CCUAAGCUUUAAACAGUCAGAGAAGAGACUGGCGUUAUUUUGACCCGUCAAGAAUACUUUUAUAAGCAUACAGCCGAUAUCGUGAAUAAUACGUCGUAAUAAUUGAUAGAGGAUCCAAGAUGAGUUUAACACCAAAAUCAUUUAAAGAAAAACGCUCUUUUGCACAACGAGUUGCUGAUGUAGAAUUGAUUAGAGAACAACAUCCAAAUAAAAUACCCAUUAUUGUCGAAAGAUACUAUGGGGAAAAGCAAUUACCUGUCCUGGACAAGUCAAAAUUCUUGGUGCCAGAUUAUUUGACAGUAGCAGAACUUAUAAAAAUUAUUAGACGUAGGCUACAGCUUCACCCAACACAAGCUUUUUUCCUAUUAGUAAACCAAAGAAGUAUGGCAAGUGGUAGUAUGACUAUGACACAACUAUAUCAAAGAGAGAAAGAUGCGGAUGGUUUUCUUUAUAUAGUAUUUGCUAGCCAAGAAGUAUUUGGGCAUUAAAGUACAACAAUUUAAUAUAUAUGAUUUUGUGAUUUAUAGGUAAAACCAAAUUCCUUUGGGAGUACACUAUGUGCUAAAUAUUUUAACAGACCUUUAGAAGGAAUUUUAGAUCUGCUAUUAAUUGUAUCCGCCUUUAACCGAAUACGCAGAAUCUUUGUGAUCAACCUGCAGUACCUGCUGAAAUAAUUAACAGAACAAUCACAAUUGACAUUUAUGUGUAAAAUCAUUAAGGUGCUUUGGGUCUUCAGAAU